UAGUGUCAACACACCGGGAGUAUCCAGCUAAACUUUGACGCUGUGUCACGUGACAACAUGAUGCUAGUAACUAGUACAAUUAUCUACUGGUUGGGUCGUGUAGCAUUUACGUAAAUAUUUGUUUUAAUGAUGGUACUCGGUUAAUUUUCAUCCAGCUAAACCGCUGGUUUUGGGGGGUUUCAAACUUGGACAGAGUGAGUAGUCGUAUUGCGCACAGAGGAUCUUUGCGCUCGCGGGAAGCCGCGUGCUGCUGACAGCGGGCGGGACUGGACUCUUCGUUCGGCGGGCUGAUCGGGCGGUCAUGGACCGGGCGGCGGUGGUGAAGGUUGGGGCCGCGGCCAGCGCCAGCGUGUGCGCGCUGUUCGGCGGCGUGGUUCUGGCUCAGUAUAUCGUCGCCAAGAAGAAGCGAGCGGGCAAAAAAACCAGGAUAAUAGAGAUGAUGCCUCAGUUUGAGAAGACAACAGUCCACAUGAGGGACCCUGAGAGGGUGGAGCAGAUCAUCUGUGGCCUCAUCAAAGGAGGAGCUUCCAAGCUACAGAUCAUCACAGACUUUGAUAUGACAUUAAGCAAGUUUGCUGUCAAUGGCAAACGCUGCCCAACAUGUCACAACAUCAUUGAUAACUGCAAGCUGGUAACAGACGAGUGCAGGCAGAAGCUGCUGCAGCUGAAGAAUAAGUAUUACCCCAUUGAGAUCGACCCUCAUCUGACGAUGGAGGAGAAAUACCCUUUCAUGGUGGAAUGGUAUUUUAAGUCUCACACGCUGCUUGUGGAGCAGCGUCUAGAGAAAGACAAACUGCCGGAGGUGGUGAGAGAGUCGGACGCUGCACUCAGGGAAGGAUUUGAACAGUUCUUUGACCGGCUGCACCAACACAACGUGCCAGUCUUCAUCUUCUCCGCCGGCCUGGGAGACGUUCUGGAGGAAAUCCUCCGCCAGGCCGGAAUCUACCACCCCAACAUCAAGGUUGUUUCCAACUUCAUGGACUUCGAUGACAAUGGGGUCUUGAAGGGGUUCAAAGGCGAGCUGAUUCACGUGUACAACAAACAUGACGGCGCCCUGCGAAACACGGAGUACUUCAAACAGCAGAAGGAGAACUGCAACAUCAUCCUGAUGGGCGACUCGAUGGGGGACCUCAGCAUGGCCGACGGCGUGCCCAACGUGGAGAACAUGCUCAAGAUCGGCUUCCUCAACGACAAGGUGGAGGAGCGACUAGACAAAUAUCUGGACUCUUAUGACAUCGUCCUGGUAAAGGACGAGACUCUGGAAGUGCCCAACGCCAUUCUGCAGAAGGUUCUAUAAGUCCACCCCACAUCACCUCCUCCCCUUCCAGCCUUGGACCUGUCAGUGGCUCUUUAAACAUUGACCUUUGUCCCUGGUCCACCUGUGGUCCAGAUAUUUAAACCUUCUCCUCAUUAUGGCCCACCACAGCCAUAUUCUGACCAUGUACCCCCUGCUUCACGCCUCUCAGCCUUUUAAAAGACUUUUUACAUCUCCUGAACGAACUCUUUUAAAAGUCUCCACAUCAGAAUCAGCCCGUCUCUGGUGUGUUUUGUCCAUUUGAAUAAUUUCUGGUGUCCUGAGUCAAGAAACCAUACAGAAAAGAGAUGUUUUAAGAAUACUUCACACUCCAUUUUUAUAAAUUGCACAAUAUUACUACCAAUAUAAUUAAUAGGAUUAUUUUUGGCAUUGUAGUCCUUAUGUACACAAAGCUGGGCAACCAUAUGAUAAGCUGUGUGUUUUGACACCAGCAUGUGACUGCACACUAUUAAAGUGAGAUAAUUUCACAUACAUCUGUGGAAGGUUUGAGUUUAGUUUUCAUGACAAUAGUUAAGUGCAUUAUAUAAUUUGAAGUAAAUUUAAAAUGUGUUGUUUUGUAACCCUGGCAAUAUAUUUAAGAUGGACAGUAUUUAUGGAAUAAUAAGAAAGGAUUUAGACCAACUCGAAUGAUCAGAGGAAACGCACUUUAAGCUGGGUGUGAGCCAGUCGCAUCCCUGUACAUGAACGUGUGCGGGUGCAUGAAAGCCAUGUUUACGCCGACCUCCUUAACGCAGCACAGUCCACAGUCCAGUUAGCAUCAAGUCAACACCUUCUUGUUCCUGGAGGAGCUGUCUUUGCAGCUGACUCAACAUCCAUUGAGUGACGCUGACAUUGACCUCCAGGGUUCAAGCAAUUAAACAAGAUCAACCAAAGUAACAACUUGAUCCCUUUGGUUCCAGUUACACUGCUGUCUGUGGCCCAGUAAACCCAGCAUGACACAUGUCUGAUAACAUCACCCUGGUGGUUAGGAUUGAGCACUACCUCUAAAUUCUUCUGUGUCUUUUGUUGUCUCAACAUUUUCUCUCUGACUUCGUAUGUGUUUUCAUUGUGCUGCUAUCACCUGCAUGUUGCCUUUGUUAUUGAGGUUAUGUCAAAGGGGAGUAAUGCCUAAUAGUGUCUAACUGUUUCCAAAUACAGACUAGUGUGUUGUAUUUUUAUAAGCAGGUGUUUUUGUUUUCUUUGACUGUGAGUAGAAAAUGCAAUAAAAUGUCAUUUUGUGAA